GCGAGCAGGCCCGGGCGCCCGGAGGCUGCGGGCGGCGGCGCGGGGCCCGGCGCGGCGAGAGAGGCCCGGAGAUGCCGAGCAAGAAGAAGAAGUACAACGCGCGGUUCCCGCCGGCGCGCAUCAAGAAGAUCAUGCAGACGGACGAGGAGAUCGGGAAGGUGGCGGCGGCCGUGCCGGUCAUCAUCUCCCGGGCGCUCGAGCUGUUCCUCGAGUCGCUGCUGAAGAAAGCCUGCCAGGUGACCCAGUCCCGCAACGCCAAGACCAUGACCACGUCGCACCUGAAGCAGUGCAUCGAGCUGGAGCAGCAGUUUGACUUCCUCAAGGACCUGGUGGCGUCGGUGCCCGACAUGCAGGGCGACGGGGAGGACAACCACAUGGAGGCCGACAAGGCGCCUCGCAGGGGCCGGAAGCCGGGCAGCGGCGGCCGCAAGAACGGAGGCGUGGGCAGCAAAGGCAAAGACAAGAAGCUGUCGGGCACGGACUCGGAGCAGGAGGAUGAAUCUGAGGACACAGAUACUGACGGGGAAGAGGAGACCCCGCCGCCCCCUCCCCAGGCCAGCCACCCCCCUGCCCACUUCCAGAGUCCCCCGGCGCCCUUCACGCCCUUCGCCUCAGCUCUGCGCUUGCCGGCUGUGCCCGCGGUGCCCCCCGGCCCCUCGGCGCCUGGCGCGGAAGAUGAAGAGGACUACGACUCCUAGCGCCCUCUGCCCCCAGGCCGGCCUCCCUUUUACUUGGUUUUAGUUGCUUUGGGGGGAGGGACAAGGUGGAGCUGUUCUUAAAUUUAUUAAAAAAAAAAAUAACAA